GUUGAGUAGCGCAUCACGAAUCGUCUUACUAGAAAGACGCUAGUUCUCGCGGGGUACAUUGUAGCUCAAGAAUUUUGACAUUGCGGACUGGCCAAACCCAGGAGGGGUGGCACAGCUUAUGGAGAGUGGCGGGUACGGAUAUCCCUACCGGAAACUGCAGUACUGAACACCAUUUGUCGAUGUGACCUCUGUGAAGGAUACUUAUAUUAGUCUCCUAACAACGUCUUGCACACAUUUGUAGCCAUCUGUUACCGUAGUAAGCAUGGCAGCUAUCGAGCCAGAUGUAAGGCAUCUCGAGCCCACAAGUAUUGCUCUAGCCAUAUUAGCGGUUUCAUUCCUGUAUCUCUUGGGCCUCUGUAUCUACCGCCGCUACUUCCAUCCUCUUGCUAAAUUCCCAGGCCCGUUCCUCAACUCCGUAUCCGAGCUUCCAGCAGCUCUCUCCCUUCUGCGAGGUCGUUAUGCCUUCGACAACAAGCUGCACCAUGAGCAUUACGGUGAUGUCGUCCGUAUCGGCCCAAACGAGCUCACCUUCCGCACCUCGCAGUCAAUACAAGACAUCUACGGCUUCCGACCCGGCCACCAAAACAUGAAGAAAUCAUUCCUCCAUACCGGCCCUGUUAAAGUGGGCCAGACGACCACGCUGCAAUACGUUCCCAGCGAUGCAGACCACGGGCGCCAACGACGUGCUCUCAGCCAUGCGUUCUCCCACCAGGCGCUUAUGGAUCAAGAGCCCAUCAUCCAAGACUACAUGUCCAAGGUUGUCUCACGUCUGCGGAAGUUCGCGAGGGACAGUCAGGUUGUGGACAUCUGCGAUUGGUUCAACUACUUCACGUUUGACACGAUGGGCGACCUGGCCUUUGGAGAAAGCUUCGGCUGCCUUGACGAAGGCAAGUACCAGGAAUGGGUCGAUAUGCUCUUCAUGACCAUCAAAGACGGCACACUCAUCCAGUUCUCGCGGCGGAUCGGCGGAAUCGGCACCUGGGCGCAGACAGUCCUCGCGCGGAUUCUCGGAGUUGGAGACGCGGGAUCUUACCACGUCCAUCACACACGGCAGAAAGUGUUGAGUAGGCUGGCCAUGCAGGACAUCGACCACCGCGACUUCAUCUGGUAUAUCCUGCGCCAGAAGGAGAAAGGCUUCGAGCUUACCCAGGAUGAAAUUAUCGCUAACGCGGGUCUCUUCAUUGUCGCGGGCAGCGAGACCACGGCAAAUGCACUGUCCGGGCUCAUAGCGAGGCUUAUCUGGAAUCCACGUGUGUACGAGAAACUAGUAACCGAGAUACGCGGCGCGUUCCAUGAUGAGGCGGCCAUCGAUUUCAAAGCUAUCACGGCGUUGCCGUAUCUCAACGCUUGCAUCGAGGAGGUUCUACGCGUGCAUCCGCCAGUCCCGGCCGGGCCUCCGAGAGUAGUUCCUCCAGGUGGCGAUACCGUAGAUGGAGUCUACGUACCGGGAGGCACCACCGUUUCGGUGGGCCAAUGGUCUGCGUGUCACAACCCUGCGCAUUUCAAGAACCCAGAUGAGUUUCUACCCGAGAGGUGGAUCGAUCCAGCGUACAAUAGCGAGGUCAAGAAAGCAGUACAACCGUUCUCUGCAGGGCCGAGGAAUUGCAUAGGGAAGAACCUGGCGUAUAUGGAGAUGCGGUUGGUGGUUGCGCACUUGUUGUGGAAUUUCGAUAUAGUGAGUGUGGACGGUGCCCCCUUGUGGGAUCCUGCAGGCGAGAUGAGGCAUAAGCGGGCGUUUAUGGUUUGGGAGAAACAGCCACUGAUGCUUCAUCUGAAAGAUGUUCGCAUCGGUUGAUGUAGAAAAGGUCGUCAGCUAGGGAACUGUUAGAGAAUCCAUGAUUUGUCGUUUUUCACGAGCGU